GUUCGAACUAUACACACUAACAUGAAGUUUGUAGUAUUCGCUGUCGUGGUCGCCGUGGCUUGUGCCGACCGGCUGUACGAAGCCCCAUCGGUUCGUGCUGACUCCGACGAGAUCGCCAUCUUGAGGGACGACCGCUUGAUCGAGGACGACGGAAGGUACAACUUCGACAUGGAGACUGCCAACGGAAUCGUCAUGUCUGAGUCUGGCUCUCCUGGAAACGAGGGAGCCAUCAACAGUGCCGGAUCCUUCUCGUACACCGCUCCUGACGGCACUGACGUCCACCUUCAGUACGUAGCUGAUGAGAAUGGAUUCCAGCCACAGGGUGACCACCUGCCAGUGGCUCCCGAGUUCCCCCACCCGAUCCCUCAGUUCGUCCUCGACCAGAUCGCCUUCGCCGCUGAGGAGGACGCUCGCAAUGCCCGUGGAGAGGUCUCCCGCUCCUAUGGUGCUCCCGAUAACUAAAGUGAACGAAUUUUACGCGAGACAAUGAUGCCUAUCACUUAUUUUUUAUGUAUAUAUUAUUGCAGCUAAUUUAUUGCUUCGAUGUAAAUAAAGAUAGUCCAACUGCAA